AACAAAUUCAAAAACUCUCGCUCUCUCACUCACUCAAUUCUCCGGCGAUGGACUCCAAGCCAGAAGAUUCCGUACGGUCGAAGAUACAGUCGCAAAGGAUGGCCUGCGACAGAGAGAUUCGGACUCAUCUCCACAAGACCGACGCUGCCACGGCCGCGCUUCACGACUCUCUCGCUUCGAUCCGCGCCAAAGUUCGAGAAACCGUCCAAUGCCAAGGGAGACUCGGAGAGGCGAAAGCGAAACUGAGAGAAGCCGAGGAGGAAUUGUUCAAGGCCCUAGCUGCAAAGACUCGUAAAGAGGCCAAGCGGAUGGCAAUGAUGGAUGCAAUUUCUGCUAGGAAGGCUAGGAUCGACCAACUUAAGAGAGUGGUGCAGGAUCAGAGGGCUAAGAGGGAUGAGUAUGCUGCAAUUCUGAAACAGCAAUUUUCUGAAUCUGAAGAUAGGUCUGUGGAAGACAGUAAAGAAGAAAUAGAAGAGGCCAUAUCAUGGUAUAAUGAGGUCCUUGGUUUCCAUGUUGAAGGCGGACAAGGGGUGAGAUUCAAGUUCAAGAAUGUUAACUCGAAAAAUCCAGAUGAGGAAUUCUCCUUCACUGUUAGGCUCGCAAAUGAUGUGUACACCUUGUUAGAUUGCGAUCCACACUUGAAUGAGAUCAAAGAGUUGUUAGACGAAUUGAACAGAACCAAUGGAUUAUUUAAAUUUGUCAGAGAUAUGAGACAUAGGUUUCAAGAAGCUGCUUCUCAAGGACUACCAAUAGUUCUGCAUCAAGAGUAUUCAACAAUUUCUGGGUCUGCUCCAGCUUUGUCAGUGUCAACAGGAAGUGAAUCUAUUGCCAAGAGUCAUGAGCAACUCCAAGUUCAACAUGAAAAACCUGAUAGACAAGUCAAGCAAUUUAGCCCUGUAAAGGGGAGUAAAUCACAAAAUCUAUCUUCUGGGUCUUUAAUGUAUCGUCGUCGCUCUCCUUGUUAUAAGGUCAGCAAAUGAAGAUGCAGUACAGACUGUUUUUCAUUUUAACGCGAGUAAAUAGCCUAACUGACAGAAAGAAAGAGCUUCAUGGAAUUAAGUUUUGCAAAUUAACAUGACAGCAUCACCUUUGUUGCUGGUUUAAUUUGCUUACCCAGUUUGUUUUGAAAUGAUAAGCUGAUGUGAUGGAAUGUAGGGCAUAUCAUGUCAUUUAUCAUGUAAGCUAUUUUCAUUGUAGAUGCUCUGCAUUUAGGAAAGAACGUUGAACUCCGAUCUUGUGGUAGUAUGCUGAAAAUGACUUGUUUUUGUAUGAUACUAUGAAAGAGCUUCUACCAAUGUUAGAAGGGUGUUUCUGGCUGAGCCACUGUU